AUGAAUUCCCAAUUUCCGAACAGAGAGCGAGCGGUGUCCAGCGACAGAGCCGAGGCUGCGCCCGUCCCGCAGAGACCGGGGCUCCUGAACCGCACCAUCUCCGCUCCCGCUGGGGGCCUGUAUAAGCUCGAUCCGGCCAGAGUGACUUACAGUUCAGUCAAACCGGAUCGGACUCUGAUGGAGGAAGAUGAAUUGUCGCCAACGGCGGGAAGGAACAAGAGCUUGUCCGCUGCUCCGGGUGACGAACCCGCACCGAAACCGAACUUCCCCCAUGUGAGCAUCGCUGUGGUUGGGCCAGACCAUGUGGGGAAAUCAACCUUCAUCGAAAGCGCACUGGAUAUGAAACAUUCUCUCGCGUCCCGCACAACUACAAAGAAGAUGUCCCUUGAUGGCACAGUCUACCUCGUUCGGUUACUGGAGAUUGAUACCCUUGAGAUCUCGAUCGGAAGUAAUGGCGAGGUCCAGUGGCCACGGUUAGGCGGCGAUACACCCCCUUCCGUGGACGGUGUGCUUGUUCUCCACGACGUGACGCAGCCUGGGAGCCUUUCUACCAUUAAGGAACUACUAGCCUCCUUGGACGCCUCUUCCAUACCUUUUCGACUGGUCGCAAGUAAAUGCGACAUUCAACCACCCAACAGCCCAAUUGAGCCAGUUCUGGAUGGCUAUGAGAUUCUCCGGACCUCACCCGAUUCGCCACGGUCGCAGAAGAUGUGCAUCGCACUGGUUCUGCGAUCGGUCAUUAGCGACAGAAAUGGUAAGACUGUCACACCAGGCUGGCGUCAUAGUCGGGCCAACUCAGAAAACCCCACAACCGUGUUCUCGGGAGCCGCAGGCGGCCCAAUAGCAGGAGCUCUGGACUCGGGGAUCGAUGGGUACGGUAUAGAUCGCCAACUGACCGACUCACCCACCUCUAAUGGACAGGGCCCGCGCUAUGCCCGAAGCAAUUCUCACCCCCUUCGACCACACACGCCUCCCUCAGGACGACUGAACCAGCGCAAGCCGUCCAUUGCGGGAGAGUCAUCCCCCGGAAAGGAUUUCAAUCGACAGCAUCGGCUUCAUGCCGCCUGGCGCAACAGUGGCGGGUCGGACGCCUUCAGUAGCUUCAUUGAAAUGGGGGAAGAGAUGGACGGGCCUCGAAGUAUCCCUUCAAGUCCUGGAAGCAAAGAUAAAACGCCGAGUGAGAGCUCUUCCCAUGAGAAUGGCUUCACCUUCGAUGAGCUCGUGGAUCGGUUGGUUGCGCAGCCAAUGUCGAAGCACGACUCUAAGUUUGCGUCGAUCUUCCUGUGCUUGUACCGCAAAUUCGCCGCCCCUUCGUCCUUGCUGACCGCUCUGAUCAAUCGGUUCGAACGCAACGAGCGAGAGAUUUCGGAUCAGCUCACGCGCAUCGCUGACCAACUAAGACUUUUGACUGUCCUGGCUCAGUGGGUAUCGGAGUAUCCGGGCGACUUGGCGUAUCCCAAGACGCAGAGACUAAUCACCGAGUUUGUUGCCAACCUUGAAAAGAGCCAUUUCUAUAUGUUUGCUGCCAAGGAAAUCUCGUCAUAUCUCGAGGCCAGUACGGAAGAUGAUAAUAUUGGGUGGCCGUUCAGAGAUGGUGAGGUGCCAGAGAUGGAUGCCACCGAGCCCGCUCUUCAAUACUCAGGUCGAAGCUCGCCGUCGAUCUUCCUCGGACCCCCUCCGCUGAGCGAUGAGGGUGAUGAAGAGGAGGAGGAUCCUAUCUACAGUAUGAGUGCAUUAGACCUUAGCGAGGGUGCACUGGAGUCCGGUUCGAGGCUGUCGGCGUCGAUGUCGAAUUCGUUCACCGCUGAGAAGCCCGGGACAGUUGCAAGCCAGUCAUUCACAGCCCUCAACAUCGAUUCGGCCCAGAAAGAGGCCCGACUUUUGGACCUGACGCCCCGCGUGCCGCUGACAAAGGUGCAAUGGCGACAGUUCAUGGAAAUACCCGAUGAAGAUUUCGCUCGCGAACUGACGCGCAUUGACUGGAUCAUGUUCAAUUCCUUUCGCCCACGGGACCUCGUCAGACAUGUCAGCAUCACGGGUGCCGACAAGGACAAGAUUCAGAGUCUCAAGCAUGUCAAUCGGAUGAUCAAACAAUUCAACCACGUGGCGUUCUUCGUGGCGAGUGUCAUACUCCUGCGGGACAAGCCGAAACACCGGGCCAAGGCGCUGGAGAAGUUUAUGAAUAUUGCAUUUAAACUCCGACGACUGAACAACUACAAUUCGCUUGGGGCUCUGAUUGCUGGAAUUAAUGGAACGCCGGUGCACCGACUCUCGCAGACGCGAGAGCUAGUGCCGAUGCAGACGCAGAAGGACUUCAUGAGGCUGGUCAUCCUCAUGGGCACACAAAAGAGCCACUUUGCAUACCGCCUGGCGUGGGACAACUCAUUCGCAGAGCGAAUCCCGUUCCUGCCGCUGCACCGCCGCGAUCUGGUGUCCGCCGAGGAGGGCAACCGGACCUUUGUGGGCGACACGAAGACCCGAAUCAACUGGCGCAAAUUCGAGGUGAUGGGCGAGGUCGUGCUGGGCAUCCAACGGAGCCAGAAGACGCCAUACCCACACCUUGCCAAGUUCGACGAAGUGACGCGGCUGAUCUUGGACAUCAAGCUGUCUGGUGAUGAAGAGGACCUGUAUGCACGCAGUAUGCAGGUAGAACCCUCCGCUGGCGGUGAACCCGGACGAAAGAAGUUUGGCUGGUUGCGCAGGCGCAGACGCAGGCUGACGAGACAUGAAUGUAACGAUCGUCGUUUGAUGAUUGAGCGAGCGACUCGGCAGGCCUUCGCGCAAACUAUACCUCCAUCCACAUCUACCUCCUGUUUGCGCAAACAAAGUCCACGAGCUACGCAGCUACCCUCACGACAAACAACUAACAUUAACAACCGAACUUCCUCUCAAAACACCACACAUCACAACCACCCACCCACCCAAAAACCAGCGACCCCCACCCUCAAAAUGUCCACACCAGUGAUCCCCUCCAUAAAAACUACCUACCGCGCCAUCCUCCGCGAACUCCCCCGCCGGACGUUGAACAAGUCCACCCCCUUGCACGCCAGCGUGCGCGCUCUGUACAAGAACCCCGCUUCGGAGUCGUCUGCGUCAUCAUCGAAUGACUCGGAAUCCGAGAUCAUCCUCCACAGCCGCCUCCAGGAGGCAGAGCAAUUCGCGCAGUACGCGCGCGCCCAACGGCAGUACGCCGCGUUGAUUGAGCGGUACAAUCCGGGAAGUUGGUUGGAUGAGGAGGAGAGGAUCCGGUUGACGGCGAGAAGGGUGGGGUUGGAUUUGCCGGUUGAGGGGGAGGGGAAGGCGAAUUGA